GCUACUAUAAAUCUAAAAAUCUAGAAUACAUACAUACAUACAGAGAGAAAAAGAGAGAGAUGGAUAGUUUGUUUACUGCGAAUGGCAAGUUCAAUCCAAAUGAGACGAGAGGGAAGGUCAUCAGUUGCAAGGGUGCUGUUGUAUGGGGUCCGGGACAACCCUUCGUGAUGGAAAAAGUGCAAGUGGAUCCUCCACAGAAAAUGGAGGUUCGAGUUAAGAUCCUCUUCACAUCAAUCUGUCAUACCGAUCUGAGCGCUUGGAAAGGCGAGAACGAAGCUCAACGAGCCUAUCCUCGGAUACUGGGUCACGAAGCGGCCGGGAUCAUCGAGAGCGUUGGCGAAGGAGUGGUGGACAUGAAGGAAGGAGACCACGUUAUUCCCAUCUUUAACGGCGAGUGCGGCGACUGUGCCUACUGCAAGUCUGAGAAAACCAACCUCUGUCAGAGAUUCCGUGUAAACCCAAUGAAAGUCGCCAUGGAAAAUGACGGCAAGACAAGGUUUUGGACGCUCGACGGCCGGCCCAUCUACCAUUUCCUCAACACAUCCACUUUCAUCGAGUACACUGUUCUCGACUUGGCCUGUGUUGUGAAGAUCGACCCACAUGCUCAUCUACGGAAUAUGAGCUUGCUAAGCUGUGGAGUUUCUACAGGAGUUGGAGCUGCAUGGAAGACGGCAAACGUGCAAACUGGGUCCAGCGUUGCCAUCUUUGGGCUGGGUGCCGUGGGCCUUGCUGUGGCUGAAGGAGCACGAUUAAGAGGAGCCUCUCGAAUCAUCGGAAUCGACAUAAACCCGAGCAAAUUCAUCAAAGGCAAAUUGCUGGGAAUCACCGAUUUCAUAAACCCGAAGGACCUGGAGAGACCAGUCCAUGAGAUUAUAGCCGAAAUGACGGGAGGAGGAGUAGACUACAGCUUUGAGUGUACAGGCGAUUCGGCAGUUCUCCGGGAGGCUUUUUUCUCCACCCAUGAUGGAUGGGGAUUGACUGUAAUUUUGGGAGUACAUACAUCGCCAAAGAUGCUCCCUUUCCAUCCAAUGGAAUUAUUUGAUGGGAGGAAACUCGUUGGAUCAGUCUUUGGGGACUUCAAAGGGAAAACCCAGUUGCCUCAUUUUGCAGAGCAAUGCAUGCGUGGGAAGGUGAAUUUGGAUGAAUUUAUAACUCACGAGCUUCCCUUCACUAAGAUUAGUGAAGCAUUUCAGCUGCUCAUGGAUGGAAAAUCGUUGAGAUGCCUUCUACACCUUUCAGAUUAGAUGGAUGUUUCAUGAUGACUAAAACUAGAAUAAUAUGGGUGCAACCCAAAUGUAUCCAUUCAAUCCAACACUCUGUAUUUGUAGUCUACCAAUUACAGGAUUUUAAUUUUAAUAGAUAGUUAUCUAUGACGUCAAUCCAACACUCUGAAAUACAUUCUUGUCUAGUUA